AUGGCCUUUCCAACGGACUUCGGCGUUUUGCUGGUUGAGGGAGCUGAGACGGAAGGGGAGGACGGGGAGAGGGGGACAGGGGGCAAUGAGUGGGAGGAUCUGAAGCGUCGGAUUGAGGACCUUCCAUUUGUGAAGGAUGCGCACAAGUCUCAGAUCACGUCUCUGUUCCACGCGGAACGGCUGUGGGCCAAGGGAUUCACUGGGGCAAAUGUCAAGAUGGCUGUGUUUGACACGGGCGUGCGAGCAGACCACCCGCACUUCCGCAAUAUUAAGGAGCGCACCAACUGGACAAACGAGGACACACUAAACGACAGCCUGGGCCACGGCACCUUCGUGGCGGGGGUGAUUGCCAGCUGCGAUUCCCACUGCCGCGGGUUUGCCCCCGAUGCUGAGAUUUACGCCUUCCGAGUCUUCACCAACGCCCAGGUGUCCUACACAUCAUGGUUCCUGGAUGCGUUCAACUACGCCAUCCUAACCCGCAUGAACGUGCUCAACCUCAGCAUCGGGGGGCCUGACUACCUCGACCGGCCAUUUGUGGAGAAGGUGUGGGAAGUCACAGGCAACGGCAUUCUGAUGGUGUCAGCCAUUGGCAAUGACGGGCCGCUGUACGGUACACUCAACAACCCCGCGGACCAGAACGACGUGAUUGGUGUGGGCGGUAUCGACUACACUCUGCACAUUGCAUCGUUCUCCUCCCGUGGCAUGACCACGUGGGAGCUGCCACACGGAUACGGACGAAUGAAGCCGGACAUAGUCGCCUACGGGCGGGAGGUGGUCGGCUCGAAGAUCAACGGCGGGUGCAAGAGCCUAUCCGGGACGUCCGUCGCGAGCCCAGUGGUGGCCGGCGCGGUUUGUCUGCUAGCGAGCGUUGUGCCGGAAGCCGUGCGGUGGGGGCCGGGAGGGGUGCUGAACCCAGCGAGUAUGAAGCAGGCGUUGGUUGAAGGGGCCGAUAGGCUGAACGGGCCGCAUAUGUUCGAGCAAGGGUCCGGGCAACUCAACCUCCUGCGAUCCCACGCCAUUCUGGCGAGUUACACGCCCCGGGCAUCCGUCCACCCUUCCACCCUCGACUUAACAGACUGCCCCUACGCGUGGCCGUGGUGCCGCCAGCCGCUCUUCGCCUCUGCCCUCCCCCUCAUCAUCAAUGUCACUGUCCUCAACGGCAUGGGCGUCACUGGCUGGCUCGCUGCCCCGCCUGUGUGGGUUCCCACAGAGGUCAAUCUCACCAGCACUGCUGCAGAGGGUAACCUGUCAAGCGCAGCUGCAGCAGCUGCAGCUGAAGCUGCAGAUGCCAAUGGCGGCUUUGUGAAAGCUUCGGCCUCGAAUUCCUCCUCGUCCGCCGCUCCGCCGCCCCACCGGGUGCUGCAUGUGCGCUUCUCCUACCCCGCGGUGCUCUGGCCGUGGUCUGGCAACCUGGGGAUCUACCUGAGAGUGCAUCCGGGUGCAAGGCAUCUCAAUGGCACCUUAGCGGGCGCCAUUCACUUCACGGUCGUCUCUCCCCCCGGCCCCAACGAAUCCGCCCCUCGCACCACCAACUGUUCACUACCUCUCCGCGUUGCCAUCAUGCCGGCGCCUCCCCGCCACCGCCGUGUGCUGUGGGACCAGUUUCACAACGUGCGGUACCCGCCUGGCUACAUCCCCAGGGACUCACUGGAUGUGAGAAACGACAUUCUGGACUGGCACGGCGACCACCCCCACACCAACUUCCACGGGCUGUUUGCCGCGCUGAGAGACUGGGGGUUCACGCUCGAGGUGCUGGGGUCGCCCCUGACGUGCUUCGAUGCGAGGGAGUAUGGCGCAGUACUGAUGGUGGACAUGGAGGAGGAGUACCACGCAGAGGAGAUAGCGAAGUUGCAUCACGAUGUUACAGCGCUGGGCCUGGGUCUCAUAGUGGUGGGGGACUGGUACCAUGUGCCCACCAUGAAGCACAUGCGCUUCUUUGAUGACAACACUCGCUCCUGGUGGACGCCCGCUACUGGGGGUGCCAACGUGCCAGCUCUCAACGACCUCCUUGCUCCCUUCAGCAUCGCGUUCGGCAACUCCAUUCUCUCCGGCACCUUCUCAAUCGCUGGCCAUCGCGCUUACUUUGCCUCGGGCACCGAUAUUCGCAGGUUCCCCAAAGGUGGUUACGUUCACCGGUUCCUUUUCAGGGAUGGGUCGUCUGGUGGGGGUAGUGGUGGGGGAGAGGGCUGGGAAGCGGGCGGAGGGGGAGGGGGAGAGGGGGGAGGAGGGGAAGAGGGGGGAGUGGCAGGAGGGGGGAGUGGCGGGUCGAUUGUUUCGACAAGAGGAGGGAGGAUGAAGAGUCAAGUUGAGGCUUCGGUGCUAGGGUUGGUGGAGAGGGGAAAGGGGAAAGUGGCGGUGUUUGGCGAUUCUAAUUGCUUGGACAGCAGUCAUUUGGUAAGCGACUGCUUCUGGCUGCUAAGAAAGAUGCUUAGCUUUGCUACCGAGGGGAAAAAAGACCCGACGCUGUUCCACCAUAGGAAUGAGCUGCUAGUUGCAAUGGGGGGCGGUGGCGGGGAGGAGGGGCAGAAGAACCGGUCAGAUUUGAGCCGGGGUUUCUCAGGGGCGGAUUCGAAUUUGGGUGGUUCGGAAGUUUUUGUGCUGCCCGAGAGGCGGGCGGAUGUGAAUUUCACCGACCUGUCAUUGGUUCUUGGAAAGCCGCUGGUGUGUGGGCAGGAUUCAAAAGGAUUGAACGCGGUGAAAAGGGGUGACGACAGCAUGAGGGGAUCUGGUGAUUUGGAACCAGGUGGUGUCAGUGAUGCUGCUGCUGCUGCUGCUGCUGCUGCUGCUGCUGCUGCUGCUGCUUCUGGUCCUGCUGCUGGUGUUGGUAUCGGUGCUGCUGCUGGUGCUGGUAUCGGUGCUGCUGCUGGUGCUGCUGUGAAUGCAGACGAUGCCGUAACGAGAAGAGUGGAAGGUGGCGGUGGUAGCGAUGGUGCUGCUGCUGUGAGUGCAGAUGACCUGCUGCUAGGCGGUGGUGUUGGAGAGAAAGGGGAAGAGGGAGGGCAGGGUGCGGGGAAGAGCAUAUGGAGGCACUGGCACGAGCGAGAAGAGGAGCUCGAUGCGUUCUUCCCUGUUAUCGCUGCUGCCUCGGGAUUCAUAUUUCUGUAUUUGAUUACAGUGUAA